CGCCACCGACUCCUGCGUGGUCACCUCCGACCUCACUAGCUGCCUGCGAGUGGGGCUCUGCGGCCAUGGAAAGAACUGGGCCUGCCGGGGACCGGUGGUCCGGGCCUUGGUCUGGGCCUUUUCGUCCUCGGCGUGGCCCCUCCCGAUAGGGCCGGAGGGAAGCCACCCCCGGACGACCUUCGGCUGCCGGGCUCCACCGCGCUCCCUGCACCGUUCCCUUAGUGUGCGUUUUGACAACGAGGGAAUCAUGAGGCGUUUUUGAAGGUUUCGAAGAAAGAGUGGACCUGGAAAAGAGAAGAGUAACUUUCCUCAUAACUCUUGCUCCCUAGGCUGUGUGGUGGGAACACUUUCCUGGUUUCCCCUCUGAUUGCUCAGGCAGGUUCUGCUGCAGUCCGGUAUCCCUAGAUGUGUGUUCAGUACUUUUCUUUACACCUUUGUGCUUUCUCCAGAAUUUGUAUCUUUAGCUUAGAGAUGUAUUCUGAGCUCCAGAGCUUCAUAUCUAUUAACUGUACCGCCACUUGGUUGGCGCAUAUAUAUUUAAACUCAGCAAGUUCAAAACUGACUUAACCAUCCCCACCUCACCCUGCUCUUCCUCCAGUGACCCCCCCGUUUCAGAUCAUUGCGCCACCACCCACCCCACCGUUGUUCAUGCCAAACACCUGGAAAUCAUCCUUGACAUCGCCCUCUUCGCAGCUCCUGAACAUCCAUCUGUCUGUUCCGUGACCAAAUCCUAUGGAAUCUACAGGGGCUUCCCUGAUGACUCAGUUGAAAAGACACACUUGAGUGAUUAGUUACAAGGUCCUAGGGAAAGUCACAGGUUAUUUCAGAGACUAUGGAUAUACUCUUCAGAAUAAGAGGUGGCCUUGAUCUAGCUUUUCAGCUAGCUACUCCUAAUGAAAUUUUUAUCAAGAACGCACUAAAACAUGUACUGAGUGACCUGUCAACCAAGCUUUCUUCAAAUGCCCUUGUGUUCAGAAUUUGCCAGAGUUCAGUGUACAUAUGGCCUAACAGUGACAUGAACACCAUUCCAGGAGAGCUGACCGAUAGUUCUGCCUGUAAGAACAUAGUGCGCUUUAUUCAAUUUGAACCGGAAGAAGGUACGAAACGAAAAUUCAUGAAGAAGAAAGAUAAAAAGUUAUCAGACACGCAUCAAAUAGUAAAUAUAGAUCUGAUGCUGGAAGUGUCGACCCCUCUGGCAGCCGUAACGCCCAUUAUUGAAAGAGAAAGCGGAGGACACCACUAUGUUAGUAUGACUUUACCAGUUGAUGCAGUUUUAUCUGUUGCUCCAGAAGAAACGUGGGGAAAAGUUCGUAAACUUCUAGUCGAUGCAAUUCAUAAUCAACUAACUGAUAUGGAAAAAUGCAUUUUGAAAUACAUGAAAGGAACAUCUAUUGUGGUUCCUGAACCACUGCACUUUUUAUUACCAGGUGAAAAAAAUCUUGUAACAAUUUCAUAUCCAUCAGGAAUUCCAGAUGGUCAGCUGCAGGCCUAUAGAAAGGAGUUACACGAUGUCUUCAAUCUGCCUCAUGACAGACCUUAUUUCAAAAGGUCUAAUGCUUAUCAUUUUCCAGAUGAACCAUACAAAGAUGGUUACAUUAGAAAUCCACAUACUUAUCUCAAUCCACCUAACAUAGAGACUGGUAUGGUUUAUGUGGUCCAGGGCACAUACGGUUACCAUCAUUAUAUGCAGGAUCGAAUAGAUGACAACGGCUGGGGCUGUGCUUAUCGGUCUCUGCAGACUAUCUGCUCCUGGUUCAGACACCAGGGAUACACAGAGAGAUCCAUUCCAACACACAGAGAAAUCCAGCAGGCUCUAGUUGAUGCUGGGGACAAACCAGCAACCUUUGUCGGAUCACGGCAGUGGAUUGGAUCUAUCGAGGUACAGCUGGUGCUGAACCAUUUGAUUGGUGUAACUUCAAAAAUACUGUUUGUCAGCCAAGGUUCUGAAAUGGCCUCUCAGGGACGAGAACUGGCUAAUCAUUUCCAGAGUGAAGGAACUCCAAUAAUGAUUGGGGGAGGAGUUUUGGCUCACACAAUACUAGGAGUUGCAUGGAAUGAAAUUACAGGACAGAUAAAAUUUCUGAUUUUAGAUCCACAUUAUACAGGUGCUGAAGAUCUGCAGGUUAUUUUGGAAAAGGGCUGGUGUGGAUGGAAGGGCCCAGAGUUUUGGAACAAGGAUGCUUACUAUAACUUAUGUCUCCCUCAGCGACCAAAUACUAUUUAAAAUAUCUUGGACUUAUAGACUGUAGUAAAGUUGUAACUUUGUUGAUAAAGAAUAAAUUUGAUUUCAAAUUAAA